GGAAAUUCACACAAAGGAGAAGUGUCCACGUCGUACGCACGACGUGUUGUUGUGCGUGGAAUAUUACCAGGCAGCUUAAUGCAUUUGGGAACAAACGUUUAUCUUUAAAGCACCUCUGAUGCUAUAAUUAACCAUUCGUUGGUUGUAUGUGAGAUUGAAAGAGCAGUUACAUUCUUUACAAGAAAUCAAGAACACGUUCACUUGCUCUAAAAGAUGGCUUCGUCUGAUGGAAACAAAAACACGGAACCAUGGGGCGGCUUUGAUGACAACAUUAUCCAGCUCUGGUAUAUAAAGCUUUUUGAGGCCUUGCUCACAUUUCAUUCUGUGGCAGCACAAUGACCAAACGAUACACUAUGUGAGGCUCUUGAUCAUAUCUUUGGUCAUGACACUGGUGAGGAGGAGAGAGGCCAGGAAACUGACAGAGAAGUUAAAGGAGGAAAUGUCAGAAGUUGAAGACGACACAGAUUAUGAUCCAGACCAAGAGACAACUGAUGUGGAACAAUCCAGUGAUGAGGAAGAGGACCCUGCUGAGGUUGUUACAUUCUGGUCAAAGAAUGGGAAUUUGUCCUGGUCUGCAUCCCCACCUGAGAGGAGAGGUUGGCUGUCGGCUGAAAAUGUUAUCAGGAUGACCCUAGGGCCAACGAGAUACGCCAUAUCCCAGGUUGAUGACAAAAUCCUGCUUUGAACUGUUCCUGACAGAGUCAUUCAAAACUAUAGUGAUAAACAUGACCAACUUGGAGGGGAGAAGCGUUUACAAAGACAACUGGAACGAGGUAGACCCGGACAGACGUCCAAGCAUACGUGGAUCUCUUGAUUUUGGCUGGUGUGUACAGAUCCAGAAACGAACAUACCACCAGUUUAUGGGAUGCAGAGUCUGGUCGGGCAAUUAUUAUUUUUUGAUUCGCUAUGACAACCGUGAUACAAGACCAAGCCGCCGUCAACAAGACAAGCUGGCACCUAUCAGAGUGGUUUGGAACAAGUGGGUGGAGCGCCUGCCACUCAUCUAUAACCCAAGUCCAGACAUCACAGUGGAUGAGUGUCUGGACGCUUUAAGGGGACGCUGCCCAUUCAAACAGUACAUGCCAAGCAAAGCGUCUAAAUAUGGAAUAAAGAUAUUGGCAGCAUGUGAUGCCUGGGCAAGUUAUACAUGGAACAUGCAUGUUCACACCGGGAAGCCUUCUGACGGUGUUCCGGAAAGGAACCAGGGGAAGCGGGUGGUCCUGGAAAUGACUGCAGGUCUCCAGGGGCACAACAUAACACGUGACAAUUUCUUCACCUCAUAUGCUCUUGGUCAGGAGCUGCUCCCCCCAAAAAUGACCAUGGUGGGGACGGUCAAAAGAACAAGCCUCAUUUGCCUCUUGCCUCACUCACUACCAAGGACAGGGAUCGUUUUUUCCCCCUCUAAGUUUGCCUUCACCGAAACACACACUCUUGUGUCCUACUGACCGAAGAAAAAGAAGAAUGUGCUCCUGAUGACAACUCUGCGUAGGGAUGCCGCUGUGAGUACCAGGGAGGACAGGAAGUCCAACGCUGUCCUGGAUUAGAACAGGAACAAAGGGGGAGUUGACAACCUUGAUAAGGUAUGUUACUUUUUAUCUUUCUCAUGUACUUUAUUUUUCUAUUACCAGAUUGUUUUAUCUACACCAUUAAAAAUCAGACAUGUUGUUUGGUGAAAGGCUCAUUGACUUUGAACAAUAUGGGGUCAAUUAUAUUCAUUUGAAUAUGUAAAUAUGUUUUAGAUGUGAUCAAUUAAAAUACCGCUUUGAUGCAAUUUCUCACGUUACUAUGCAAGACAUGAAGUAUCACUUGUAUGUACUCAUUAUUUUAUUCACUGAUUGUUGCGCUUUUGCAGGUCACUGGACCAUACUCUUGUAAGAGGAUGACGGCACGUUGGCCGAUGGUGGUGUUCUUCAACAUCCUAGACGUGUCGGUCUACAACGUGUUUGUGGUGUGGAUGGAAGUGAAUCCAGGCUGGAAGCAGGGGAAAUUCUUCAAGAGGAAACUACUCCUAGAAGAGUUGGGGAAAGCCAUGGUGGCACCCCUCAAAGGCGCCAACACCUUCCUCCAACAUCAUCCUCUGCUGGAUUGGUGAGAGCUGUGCAAGGGCCAGAAGCAAGAUCUACGUCCGCCAGAGACAGAAGGAAAAGGGCACUGGGUCAGCAGUGAUUGACAUAGAGAACAUGGAUGACACAUCAGGCUCCAGCUUUGAGGACAUGGGGGAGAUGCACCAGCGCAUGAAGGAGGAGGAAGAGGUGGCAGAGGAGGCGGAAGCAACUGAAGAGGAGACUGGAGAGGAUGGCGAGUUUCUGGGCAUGAAGGGUAUCAAGGGCCAGCUGAGGAGACAGGUGGCAGAUGAGGUGUGGCAAGCAGGAAAGCGUCAGGCUUCCAAAGCUUUCAACCUAUAUGCCAACAUAGAUAUUCUCCGGCCGUACUUUGAUGUAGAGCCUAUGCAAGUCAGGAACAGGUUGAUUGAAUCUAUGAUACCCAUCCGCAUGAUACAUUUUCCACAGAAGAUUGCCGGGGAGCUCUAUGGGCCCAUGAUGCUGGUGUUCACGCUGGUGGCCAUCCUCCUGCAUGGAAUGAAGACAUCAGGAACAGUUAUUAGAGAGGGUACUCUGAUGGGCACAGCCAUAGGGACGUGCUUCGGUUACUGGCUGGGAGUUUCCUCCCUCAUAUACUUCCUGGCAUAUCUGUGCAACGCCCAGAUCACCAUGGUCCAGACGCUGUCUCUGCUGGGUUAUGGUCUUUUCGGACACUGCGUGGUUCUCUUCGUCACCUACAACGUCCACUUCCACUCCCUGUUCUACAUCCUGUGGCUGGUCGUAGGAGGGUUCUCCACACUGCGGAUGGUGGCUGCUCUCAUCUCUCGGACCGUGGGACAGACCCCACGCCUCAUCCUCUGUGGAACACUGGGUGCUCUGCAUAUGCUCUUUCUGCUCUACCUGCACUUCGCUUAUCACAAGAUUGUUGAAGGUAUCCUGGACACAUUGGAAGGCCCCAACAUGCCCCCCAUCCAGAGAGUGGCUAGAGAUUUGCCUGUGGUGGCCACCGCUGCUAUGAAUGCUGUGAAUGCCACAGUGAAGACCCUUGGUGUUAUCCUACAGUCACAGUGAUGGUGUGUCCAACAUCAAAGAUGAUACCACAGGCUCAUGAGCCUGAAUUCCACAGUGGUGGUGUUGUGUAGGUAAUACAGACUGAAGUGAAGGUCAAAGACCAUUAUGGUGGCUGGUUACAGUUGACAUUUGACCUUCAUCAUUAAACAUGAACAUUGUCUCAGUAAACGCAUCGCCAUCAGUUCACAACAACUCUUACAACUUUCAUUCUCCAUGGGAAAUGACAUGCUUACCCUGGAUGUUUAUAUUGUACUUAAUCAAAAUAACUAAAUGAUGGAGUGAGAUGUCAUGCUGGUGCUGUGACUCUUUUCAAACGAUAGCAAAUUUCCUCCACCUUUUCAUAGGGGUCUUGUAUUUGUUAAAGCAGCAUGAGUGCACUAAGAUUCCCAGCUGUUUGCAUUUGUACUCAUGUUAAGACCAAUUCAUCUCCAACUCGACACUUUCUCUCCUCUUGUAGGCUUUGUUACACGGGUUAUGGCGAUAACAUCAAUUGAUGUUUUAACGUUCUAGACGUUCAAUGGGAGGAAGGUUCUAAAGCAGUGUGUGGUGCCUUCUAUUGUUUUCCGAAGGAUUUGUUAUCAUGUAUGAUAUGGGGUAAGUUAGAGUUUAAUCUCUUGUUUUACACAAUGCACAUCCAUUGUCUGUAGUUUUAAUAACCUAACCAGAAAAAAGAACGAGAAAUGCAGUUGACAUGUCAUUUGAGAUAUGUAAUAGUGCGUUAUCUUAUGAAUAUUGUUCCUUCUAAGCACCUUUUGUUUCAUCCAAUCAUUUGUUUUGUGCAUUAUUUGUACUUCCUAACAACAUUGUUUUUGGGUGGGAUGCAAGGUGACCUCUUUUUUUUAUUUUACAUGUGAAAAUGUAUUUAUAGGGUUAUUGUACAGAAAGAUACAAUGGAAAUAAACUUUAUCGACCUAA